UGUGUACAAAUAAUCAGGAGCAUCGGACCAGUUGAUGAGCUAGUGGACAGUUUACUUUUUAAUCGGUGUUUACAGACAAAAUAAUCAAGAUGAAGUUACUUAUCGUCGUUGGGCUACUUUGCUGCAUUUUUAUAUUCGGGGAGGCCCUAACCUGCGACCAGUGCGUAGCGAUAUAUUCAACUAAUGAUGAGGUUUUGAACAUAUCAAGUAUCGCUAAAAACUCAUGUACGAAGCCUACACAGACAGAUUGCAAAGGAAAUGCCAGCUGCGGGACAAUGAUCUACAAGUUUAACUUCAUGCAUAAGACAGAAGGACUCAUCGUCAUGACGGACUUUGAACGAGGAUGCAACACCGGGCAGUAUAGCCAGUUGAUCCCGAGUGGAGACGUAUGCCUAGACGAUGCGUCAGUCGAAAUUAUCAAAGCAGAUUUGCCAGACCCAGAAUCAGUGCUUCCGCCCGUUCUUCGUGCGAUGUACCUGAAUUCCAGCUUAAGCUUUUGUGUGUGUGACAGCGAGGACCUGUGUACCCCGCCCUUACCAGUCGCUCCGACCCCGCCCUCACCGGUUGUUCCGAUGUCUGAGCCUUCCCCAGAACCAGGCAGUGCUAUAACGUGUGUCACCUGCAUGGAUAUUACUUCGGAGAGUGAUGUUGCCAUCGCUGCCGACAAGGGAAUUCCCUCCUGUUCAGAUAACCCGACCAGUGUGACGUGUCCCGCUGGCGUAUCAAGCUGUAUCUCAGUGGAAGUCAACGCCUCCUAUAGCCGUGACUCAGGGCCUAAUGUGAUGCUGACAAAGGAGCAACGUGGAUGUGCAUCCCUAGAAGGAGCUUCCUUGAUCCCCCAGGGAGAUGCAUGCCUCGACAAAGCAAGUGCGGAAGAGUACUUGAAAGCGGCUGAUUCGCUGGCCGUGAUGUCAGAUGGAGAUGACUUGACUUUCGAGAGCAUCUCUGGCGUUACCCUCUGCGUCUGUGACGGCGCCGAAAACUGCAUGCCGCCUUCCCCUCUCGCAGACAAUACUACACCGCGCGACUGUGAUCUGGUGUCCUCGGCUGCAGGGCUUGGCGCAAGUUACGCCUUUGCUGUUGCCUCGAUCCUAAAUGUCGUUAUCUCAAUGUUUAUUUUCAAGCAGUAAGAAUGUGUUGAGAUUCCCAACCAUGCAGAUAAUACAAGCCCAUUUAAUACAGAGUUUGGCCAAACUUGGAAGGGGAACAGGGACCCGUUUCAUAAUUUUUUUUAUCUAUAAAAAAUGCAACAUUUCUAUGACAAAUUUGCUCUCAGCCAAUCAGAUGUCUUGAUCUCAGUAGCUUAUAACAGUAGCUUGUUAAUGAUAUUGAUAUCAAGUUUUAUGAAACAGGGUCCAUUUCUUGGCGCCAUAAUCUGACCUAUGAAUACGCUAGUGCACGCAUAGAGAUGCAUGUGUCACAACUAAUGUUCUCAAAUGUGAAUUUGAAUGCAAUUAGCAAUAAUUGAGUAGAAUUUAAAUUGAAUUUCUAUCCAGCAUGAUGUAUUUAUCCCUGCUAACUAUUUAUUUAACAUGAAGUAUCGAUUAAACCCCUGUAUUAUAAUUUCCAGAUAUAAAAUCAGGAGCGGAGAUUCAUACUAAACGGAUUGUAUGGUAGUAUUUGUGGUUGUGGUGUGGUGCUGGGGUUGUUCGGGUAUGUCUGCGUUCGUGUGUGUGUUUUUUGUGGGGGGGGGGGGGGGGGGUAGCUGCCGCCCUGCUCCAGUUACUGACGCCCCCUUGUAACUGGGCCCACGAGGUGUUUCUUGGUGCGAUGAAUGUUUGGUGGUUUCCAUCAAUGUGUAUUAAUAUAAAUUAUCUCGAAGCCUGUAACACCGGCUGCGUAGUCAGCAAUUGUUCUUCUUCGUCAUACAAUGUAACUGAUUGUUUCAUGUUGUUGUUCUCAUCUUUAUAUUGGCUUAUGCAUAGCCAUAUGGUUUUUAAAUGUCUAUGUAUUGGAUUAACAUAACAUUAGUUUGUUUGAAUAGACAAUUUUAUCGUAUUUGGCUAUCAUCGUUUCUUCGUUAUACAUUUAAUAUCUGCUGAAUAUUUUAAUGUUCAAGCAGAAAAAAUAUUGCAAAUUCUUUCAUGGAGAACAAAUAUUCAGACAUUAUUAUGUACCGACAAUAUUAUUGCAUUUUGCUCCUUUCAUCUCUCUAAAGUGUUAUAUUGCUGAUCCAUGUUUUUAUGCUAACUCAUAAAAGGUAUAUAUUAAAUGUUAAUUUAUGGAAAA